AUGUUCAAUGAGAUCCUGCAAGCCAGCAAUGCAUCAGAUCAUGAGCAAAGGGCCUGGAGGAUGAACACUGCAAACAGCCUCGAGAAGGAAAGAAGAGACAGGAAAAAAGCCCAGGAGUCCCAGCAGGAAGAGGAGAGGGAGAUACACCAAGACAUACUGGUGCGUCUCUGCCAGCAAAUACAGAUGCUGCAGACUCUGGUGGAGCUACAGAUUCAACAAUCAUGGGCUUGCCUCCCGUUUUCAGUCCAUGAAGAAGUCCAUUACAGCAGCUCCCUACGCCCCUGCCCCUCAACAUUCCAUGGAGUAUCCAGGGCAGCAUCCAUACCACAACCACUCCACCCCAGGGGACGGCUUCCUCCCACGGCUCGGUCUCCCUGCCCCGCCCGGGCCGGCGUGGAGAACACGCCUUCUCACAGUCCCGCGGGCCCCGCCGCAGAGCCACGUGACCGCAGCGCCUUCCCACCUGAGACAGUUUCCCGCUCUCGCGGCGGGGACUGGAAACGAGGCUGGGGUGCCGGGGCUCGCGUGCGCGGUGCGGGUGCGCGGCCGGUGGCAGCAGAGGCCAUGCCGUGGGCUUCCCGCUCGCUGGCGGUGGCCGGGGGAGGCGAGAGCAGCGACAGCGACGAGGACCGCUGGGUGAUCGGGUUCGUUCAGCACGAGCCGCAGCAAUUUAGUAAAACAUUACAGUUACAAGACAAGGAUGAAACAUUAAAGAAAGCUUUGACUUCUGGGGAUGUGUCCAUGAUUGAAGAACUUUUAAAUUCAGGUGUGAAUGUAGAAUCUAGUUUUCAGUUUGGAUGGACUCCCCUGAUGUAUGCUGCUAGUGUUGCUAAUGUGGAAUUAGUUCGUAUCCUAUUGGACAGAGGUGCUAAUGCAAGCUUUGAUAAGGAUCAAUAUACUGUAUUGAUGGCUGCAUGUACUGCACGUGCUUCAGAGGAGCAGAUUUUGAAGACCGUGGAACUACUUCUGUCAAGGAAUGCCAAUCCCAGUGUUGUUUGCCGGAAACAAAUGACUCCGCUAAUGUAUGCAGCUCGAGAAGGACACUGUCAGGUUGUUGCUCUUCUUGUUGCUUAUGGAUCACAAAUAAAUGCCCAGGAUGAAAAUGGUUAUACAGCACUGACAUGGGCAUCCCACCAAGGACAUAAAAAUGUUGUCUUGAAGUUGCUUGAACUUGGAGCUGAUAAAACUCUACAAACCAAAGAUGGAAAGACAGCAGGAGAGAUUGCAAAAAGCAGUAAACAUUCAGAGCUUUUUAAUUUACUUUCUUUGACUGCAAAUCCCUUUCAAGAGAAGUUCCAGAACCUGUUUAAAGAAGAGGCUAUCCACAAACUCUUAAAAGCGGUCCCUGAUGCAGUUAGAGAUCAUAAAGUUAGUUCCUAUGCAGCCUUUGGUGACCUAGAAGUGUUUUUGCAUGGUCUUGGUCUAGAACACAUAACAGAGUUAUUAAAGGAAAAAGAUAUAGCUUUAAGAAAGCUUUUGACCAUGAGAAAAGAUGAUUUUACAAAGAUUGGGAUUACAAAUACCAGAGACCAACAGAAAAUCCUUGAUGCUGUUCGAGAGCUGCAGGUGGAAGAAGUAAAAUUUGGAGAGUUGCCUGAAGUGAUGAACUUAGAAUUCAGUGGUGAUGAGUUCCUCACUUUUCUUCUGAAACUGAAUAGACAGUGUGGUCAUCUUACAACUGCUGUGCAAAAUAUAGUUAGCCAGUUACCCACAAACUCUCAUAAGAUAGUACUCGAGUGGGGUCCACCCCAGAGCUUCACUAAAGUUUGUGAGGACUUGGUUGGCAGUGUUGAAGAUUUGAGUGAAGAAGUUAGCAAACUAAAGGACCUCAUGCAAAAGCUUCAAAAUGGACAGAAGAAUGACCCUACUCAUGUGCGACCCCUAGAAAAAACACCUACCUGGAAAAAUAGAUUAAUAAAAAGGGCAGCAGUAACCCUGUUUGGAUUUGGAUUUCUCUUUCUUAUCACCAAAUUAACCUUAAGGAAAGCCUGA